AGCAGAGCAAGCCAACCUGCUGCUGCUUCAUCUCCUGCUGCUUCCCUUCAGCACAACCACCCUGCUCCUGUAUCAGCUUUCCCACUCAUCCCCAGUUUCUCGCCUCCCAGCUGAAAUUGGACGGGUCAUACAGCCACCUACUAGCCUCUCUUGCCUCACUUGAUUUUCAUCAUACUCUAGGACACAAACGCAAUCAUCACAUGUCCUGCUGAUUUGUGCAUUCCUGUAAACCGUCAAGUAGAAACCAAACCAGACAAAUCUUCAGCUUUGAACGAUUCAUCCAACCGACGUGAUCUGCCCUCCCGUUUGCAACCAUGGCAAGCCACCACUCCAAUGGCGCGCCGGCUGCGUCACUCUACAGCUACAACGCAAUCUGCGACGGAAACUUCCCACUUGCCGAAAACCCGGCCGCCAUUGCAACCACCACCAGAGCCGGAGAGUUUCGUAUUCCGCUAUACGCAGCGACGACGCACGGAAACGGGCUUCUGGGGCUCAAACUCGCCACGGACUUGCCGUUGGCGCGAAAGGCGCACGGAUUUUCUCGGUUGCGGGAGCACGGGGAGAAACUUGCACAGCAGCAGCAGCAGCAGCAGCGACCGUCGCUGUGCGGAAAGUCCAUCGUCGACAGGAUUUCGUUGCCCGCGUCGCCCACGCGAGUGGUUGCGACGUCGCGAGUCAAAUUCGCAGAUGAGGCGUCGCAGUUAUCGUCGUCUGGGAUGUCGCAGCACCGGGCGACGCCACGGCAGCUGGUGCUAGCCGGCACGGCAUCUCACUCCCUCUCCGCUUCUCUCCAAAUAGACGAAACGGCGGCGGAAAUUGACCUGCUGCCACGCAAACUCCCCGCAACGACGGCGUAUCAGCUCGCCAGCGGUAGCGGGACCGGCGGAGAAGGCGCACGCCAGAACCUACACCCCGUGCAGCAACUAGCGGCGCAAGUGACAGCUCAAGUGGCGGAGCUAAAGCAUGCGGCGAGCGGCGCAGGGAGCCACGUGCGCGCGGCAGCUGAGAACGCGGCGGCGGCGGUGGCGAGCAUCGGCGCGAGUGUGAAGGCGCAGGCGCAGGCGCGGGGGAAGAUCAAGCUCCGCCUGAGCCCCGCCGCCAGCCGCCUGCUCAGCGGCGCCAUCGCGGGCGGUGUUUCCCGAACAGCGGUGGCGCCGCUGGAGACGGUGCGCACGCACAUGAUGUGCGCGGACGUGGGGAGCGUGGCGGCGAACGGCAGCAUGACGCGCGUGUUCCAGUGGGUGGUGGAGAAGGAGGGAUGGGCGGGGCUGUUCCGCGGCAACGCCAUCAACGUGCUGCGCGUGGCGCCCAGCAAGGCCAUCGAGAUGUUCACCUACGAGACAGUCAAGCGCGCGCUCACCCCCACGCCAGGCCUCCCCCCGCCUCUGCCCUUCCUGCUGCCGCUGCCCAUCUCGUCCAUCGCGGGGUCCUCUGCCGGCAUAGCGUCCACCGUGCUCAUGUACCCGCUUGAGCUCGUCAAGACGCGCCUCACUGUCAACCCGCACCUCUACCGCGGCUUCUUCCACGCCUUUCACCGCAUCGCCCGGGAAGAGGGGGUGGGGGCGUUGUACCGCGGCCUAGCUCCGAGUGUGAUGGGCGUGAUUCCAUAUUCGGGGGCGAAUUUCUUUGCGUAUGAUGCGCUGUGCACGGCGUACCGGAAGGCGGCGAAGGUGAAGCAGAUUGAUCCGUUGAUGACGCUCGUGAUUGGCUCUGCUGCUGGAUGCUUCGCUGCUGCUUCAACGUUCCCUCUGGAAGUUGCAAGGAAACAGCUGCAGAUGGGGGCCACAGGGGGGAGGAUGGCAUACAGGAGCAUGCUGCACUGCAUGCAGUGCAUUGUGAGAGAGCACGGAGUAAAGGGGCUGUACAGGGGCAUGGUGCCAUCGUGUGUGAAGAUGAUGCCAGCUGCUGGCAUCUCCUUCAUGUGCUACGAGGUGCUCAAGCGCACCUUGAUCGAGGAGGAGAGGGACGCAUAGGGGAGCUUUUACAUACCGUAAUCACCCGGAUAUAGGCGCAUAUGGGCUUAUACGGAUAGGUUUGAAAAGCCACGUGCGCUUGCAGUCGAAUAAAAAUUGUAAGCGAAUGUGCUGAAAAAAAAAACCGAGUAUUUAUUUGAGUACAUCAAAAUGUAGCCCUUGAGUUUUACUAUCGU